AGAUCCAAGAACGUUUAAAAAUGUACCUUUAAUCUGUUAACAGUUAAAUAGUUAAUACAUUAGCCAUUUUUUGAUCGAACUUCUCAACGGAUCUCUUUGAGCGACGAUUCCGGAAUAGCUCGGACCUGGGAGUCCAGACCGGACUUUCUCCCGGACACUCCCAGAAAAUUGAACGUGAUUGAACGCACACGUCGAGAUAAUUGAUGACGCCGAGUACAUUCCACAGAUUUGAUUGAAUCGUGCGUCGAGGGCGGUUUAAUCAAUCUUAAGUAUUCUGGAGAUAAUUCAGAAACUCUUACACCAUGGUUAACGUUAAUACAAGAGUAUUCUUUGACGUUGAGGUCGGUGGACUGCCUAUGGGCAGAGUAGUCUUUGAGCUAUUUUCAGACACUUGUCCCAUAACGUGUGAGAAUUUUCGUGCGUUAUGUACCGGAGAAAAAGGACUUGGGAAAACGACAAACAAAUCGUUGCAUUAUAAAGGCAUCGUUUUUCAUCGGGUCGUAAAGGAUUUUAUGAUUCAAGGAGGAGAUUUCUCGAUAGGCAAUGGAACAGGUGGCGAGUCGAUUUACGGUGGUACAUUUGCAGAUGAAAACUUUAUUAUGAAACAUAACAAGCCAUUCUUGUUGUCAAUGGCGAAUCGUGGUAGAGAUACCAAUGGUUCACAAUUUUUCAUUACAACACAACCAGCGCCUCACCUCGACAAUGUCCAUGUGGUUUUUGGAGAAGUAGUGUCUGGGCAAGAGAUCAUUACGCAUAUUGAAGGCCUUCCAGUAGACCGAAUGUCACGUCCAUUGCAAGAUGCUAAGGUUGUAAACUGUGGCGAAUUAGUCUUGAAGAUCAAAAGUAAAGCGAAAAAACGAGAAGCGAAGCAAAGUAGUUCGGUGGACUCAGAGUCUGACUCUUAUGCCGACAAGUCGAAGAAGAAAAAGAAAAACAAGAAAAGUAAAAAAAGAGCAAAGUCGGAAGAAGGUGAGAUUCGGGAUUCUGAGGAAGACGAUGGGCAACCUCAUCCAUUAGUAUCCGUAACCAAAAUUGAUCCCGACGAAAUUCCAGAAGUACCAGCAAAUAAAUUUUUAUAUAGAGCAGGGUCCACCAAUAAUGCAAAUCAGAAGGAAUUUAGACAGCAUUAUGGAAGAGAUCGUGUACGAUCUCAUAGAAAGACCGGUCGUAUUUUCAAGGGUAGAGGAAUAUUCCGAUAUCAUACUCCUUCUCGAAGUCGUUCCAAAAGUAUGACACCACCUCAUUGGAAGCAAGCUCAAAAUCGUACUAUCAAAUUGCACGAAUUUCAGAAAAUAGAAAAAGAGCGUCUCAAGAAAGAAGAAGAGUUCAAACAACGUGAAAUUGACAGAAUUAAAAGAUUCGUAGAGAAUCCCAAUGAAAAUGAUCAAUUGCCAGAUCUAGAUAACAAUAUAUGCACAACGAAAUUAAUGGAGAAUAAAGAGAACGAUCAAGCAGAACCAGCAAUUAUGACUAAAAUGACGCAGGAUAAUACUGUGAAGAGAAACGCGGAGGGGAAUGACGUUAUGCAGAACAAGGAGGAGAUUAAGCAUAGCAAAUAUGAGAAGUUCAAACGUGAUGCUAACCGUUCUUACAAUGAUAGAAACUCUCGGCGUAAUUCUAAGGAUACUAACAGAAGACGCGAACGCUCUCGAUCAAGAGAUCGUCGAAGAUCCAGAGAGAGAGAUUAUGAUCGUAGAGCAAGUCGUGAUAGAAGAAAUCGGAGAAAUUAUUCUCCUCGAAGGCGAGAUUCUUACAGAAUCAACAGACCCGGAAGAGAUAAUAGGCACUAUGAUAAGCGCAAUGAUCGACGUCGGAAUAAUUUGAAUUCCCAUCAGGACAAUGAUAUAAACUUCCGUUAUGACAAGAACAAGUAUAAAAGGAACGAUAAUGUAUCAGACACGAACCAGGCAAAAUUUAAACGCCGUUCACAGUCAAACAGCUCCAGUAGUCGGCACUCCAAAGAUUAAUCCGCAUCGUUUCACGUCCUUUUUUUCGCUUAUUGACACCAAUGAAAUACUAUUAAAGUAAAAUCUGUGACUUAUUUAAAAUAAAUAUUUGUACGAUUAGUUUAUAAUGC